AAAUAAACGAGCUUUGAGUGGAGCUUCAAUUUUUCACAGUUUUCUAUGUCAUUUCAAAAUUACUCCUGUUCCGGCUAAAAAAAAUCGUUGGCCUUCAAAAUGUCCGCUCCGGAGACUAGUUGUAGGCGGUGGAUUCAAAAAAAUUGGGUGGACGGCCCAUGCAGGAAGUGCUUUGAGUCCACCUGCGGACCAUGCAUCGACUACAGGAUAUCAGCGCCUACAGCAGCGGACGAUGUUGCGCCCCAGGCGGAUGUUGUUAAGGCGGUCAUUGAGCCGGACGGACCUGUGCGCCAGGAGAUCAACAUCCGGGCGGAGUGCAGCAAGGGACGUCCGCUCCUCGAGUCCGACAAGGACAAGCUGCGAUGCUGCACCAUGUGCGUGGCCCAGGAGCAGAAUCUGCACCCUAAUCUUUGCUCGGCGCAAUGCCGGCCGCUUAAAACCUAUUUGCACCUGAAUGAGUGGACCAAGCGACCACUUCCCAAGCCCACAUAUAAACAUUCGGUUAUCCUGGACAAUAACACCAUGGUAGGUCGCUGCUUCCCCAUGAAAUUCCAGCUGAGACGUAUGAAAAAGAAUUGCCUGGACUGCGGAAAUGAGCUCUACUACCGGUAUCCCAUCACAAACAACAGCGACCUGCUGCUGAUCAAGAACUGCUGCGAAGUGGAGGUCUACCCCGCCAUGAAGGUGGACAACAUGAACAACGUGAGGGUGACCAAGAUAUCGGGAGCGAAGAAGUUCGCCAACAGUGUGCUAAAGGAGCACUCCGAGUGUCGGUUGUUCACCCUGGCCAGCCAAGUUGCGAAGGAGAAGCCACCUUUGCCGCAGGAUGCUAGGAUGAGUACCAGAAAGAGCCGGAAGAGCCGAAAGAGCCGGAGGAGCACCAGAAAGAGUUCCGUGGGCGGCAAGAAAAAGAAGGGUUCAAAGUGAUAGCAACAACAUCGAAAACUGACUAAGCACAUCCGAUCUGAACACCAUCGAAAUCGAGAGGGAUGAGUUUGAAUAUAGCCCGUACACUCACUCAAUAAAAGCCACAUAGUAAGCCUUAGUAAAUAAGAAUCGGAAAAUUAGAAAUAAACUCGACUCAAAAGCAAGUCAAACAAACA